AUGUCGUCUCGAGACGAUGAUCGACGUCUCUUCGAGCAUUUUGUCAUAGCUGGGCUAUCUCAGGAAGCUCCAGAGCAAGCCACUCCCUCCACUCAAGAGUUUGGCUAUCGAAACAGUACACCUUUAGCUCCAAUUACCGACAUAUGUGUUAUUUUCCCCAGCCUCGGAGAGACGGCACCCGAAGGAUACGAAAUCAUAGAGACUACUCAGUUAGGAUAUCCUGCAGAUUUGAAUCAUGGCUCUAUACGAAUGCCUAGUGUUUUUCUUUGUUAUCGGAGGGGAUACCAUAAGCCGCCAUUGCUCGAUAUAGGACUCAUUGAAUAU